UUGUUUAAUUUCGAAAAAGGUGAACAGUCCAGUCCGCACUUUUUUUUCUGUUUUCUUGCGAACUUUUCUAUGGGCUCACGUAGUUUUAAAGUUUUUCUAGUAAAAACUCCGGCUUCGAGUGAUGCCGAUAUCAAGAAGAAAGAAGAGUCUAUAAUGGAACUUGGCCGCCUUCUCAUGAGGAAUAAACAAACUCAGGAACUAAGAAGAAUGAUUGUGGAGACUCAUCCGUUCUUGGCGUCACUGGGAAUAGCAAAGGCUGCAAAAUUACUUCGGAAUCUGGUGGAUCUCUGUCUCAUGAUUGAUGACCAAGAUGAGAACAUAAAGAUCGAACUGGUACGUGAAUGCAUCCAGUGGGCCGUCGAUCAUAAUCGAACAUAUCUUCGUCAGACACUUGAAGCUCGCCUGAUUCGGUUGUUCAACGAUCUUUGCCGACAUACACAGGCCCUUUCACUUGGCAAGCGCAAUUUAUUUAUCCAGUUUUUUUCUGCUGAUCUAAUUCGUGAACUGAAAAAGCUGGACGACAAAGAUGUGCUGAUGCAAGUGGAAUUGGAAGAGAGCAAGGCAUUUUAUCAUCUUCGGAGCAUCGAGAAAGCUCGAACCUCCUUAACCGCAGCACGGUCCAUUGCAAAUUCCAUGUAUGUGCCACCUAAGAUGCAGGCGAGUGUCUUUUUUUCUUACACGAUAUCUGAUGAGAGUUGCUUUCAGUUGAAGCUUGACACAGGCUUGAAACGUCCGACCGACGUCAAUUACUACAAAUAUGACUAUCUCUACACUCACUUGUAUUAUAUUUUAAUCUAUUGUCGUAAAAAGCAAAAGUUUAAAUUUUGCUUUGUUGCGUCUUCACUCCUUAGUUUGUGCAGUUCACUUAAUUUGGAGACUUCUCUGUCUUUAUAUAUCUUUUUCGUUCAGGCUGCGCUCGAUCUGCAAUCAGGCAUCCUUAGUGCGGCAGAUGAGACAGACUUCUUAGCAGCGUUUUCAUACUUUUACGAAGCAUUUAAAGGUUAUGAUUUCGCUGAGGAGGAAAAACUUGCAUUAUUAUCACUGAAAUAUAUGCUUCUUUGCAAGGUAAUGAUGGACGAACCAGACGACGUUAAUAAGCUGCUAUCGGGUAAACUCGCUUCGAAAUAUUCUGGGUCUGACUUAGAAGCGCUAAGGGCCAUUGCUGCAGCUGUUAAAGCGAGAAGCCUUGCAGAUUUCAAUGCGGCAUUUGAUGCUUACCCACAAGAGCUUCGAAAGGAUCCUGUCGUCAGCGAACACUUCAACUCCCUUAGCGAACGCAUGCUCGAAAAAGAUUUGAAUCGUAUAAUUCUCCCGUAUUCAAAUGUGGAAAUCGAUCACAUUGCUGCCUGCGUCGGUAUGGAUCGCGAAAAGGUUGAGAAAAAAUUGUCACAAAUGAUUCUGGAUCAGAAGCUCAGCGGAUCAUUGGACCAAAACGACGGAACGCUAACAGUUCAUGAUUCACCAUCUCCUGACGUUACCUACGAAAUUGCAUUGAGCACGAUUCAUACUUUGGAUGAAAUAGUUGACGUGUUGUGUGAACGCGCCAAAAAAUUGUGGUAG